AUGAGGGCUAACGAUCAACGAGAGACGGGUGGGGAGCCAAAGAAGCCGUCUGCUCACGUGGCACCCUCCACCACAUCCCCGCCCGCUGCCACGUCCGCCGCACAACAUGAAAGCGUAGGAAAAACACGCAGCUCUGACGAUGUGCACACGGCGGGAAACGAAUCCACCCAAACGUACGCAAGCGCGUCAGCCGCCGCAGCUUCCAGCACCGCUCUUGUCCAGAGGAACCCACACGUCACGGUGCGUACACGACCCCCUGCCACACUGCAGCAGCAGCAAGGCAGCGGCGGCGCUCUUCUCCCUCUCAACCCGACUACCCGCCGCGUCGCUAUUAGCUUGGGCAAAGCCGGCAUCUCCAUCGCGGACGGCCUGCUGCUGUCGUGCAACGCAAUCCUCAACCCCAUCGUCUCCGCCUCCUUCGUGGUGUACGAGUCUGUCAAGGUGGUCCAAGCCUACCGCCACGGCGACUUGAACCGACUGGGCUACCACACCACUAAGGGUGACGUCGCCCUGCGCAUCGGGAAAGAGCUGACGAUGACGGGCGUAGGCAUUGCCAUUGGCCAGGGCAUCGGUGCGCUGGUUGGUCUCAGUGGCAUUCCCGUGGCCGGUCAGCUGGUGGUGGCCACGCUGCUGUCGGUGGGGCUUGGCAUCUGUGUAGGCACGCUGGUGACGCACUACGUGGACCGCUUCACCGCACGGCUGCAGCUGCGCCACCAGUACGGCUACCCGGCUGAUGAGCGUGGCACCCGCCGCCGCUUUGAGGUGCUGCUCGAGCGUCGCCAUGACCUGUCCACCCUGGAGACCUGUCGCGUGGUCCAGCACUAUGCGGACUACCGGGUGGCGUGUGGGUGGGAGAGUGCCAACGACCUCGACGACUACCGCGCCUCGGGCGACAUAACGCAGAUGCCGGUGUCGCUGCAGCACUUCGCCGUGGUGCAGCUCCAGCGCAAGUGGGGUUUCGUCAAGGUGCGCGCGCAGUGCCGGCAGAUCUAUCGGGCGCUGCUGCUCGUCCACCACCCCGACCGUGGCGGAUCGACGGAGAUGGCGGCGCAGCUGAACAAAGACUUCGAGUUUUUUGCCUUCUGCCAAGGCUGGGACGGCGACUGCGUCUCGCUGCUGCGCGGUGGCGAGACCCACAACAAUACGGAUGCAGCCAUACCUGCAAGUGGAGGCCCGGCCGCACGCAGAAGUCGCGGCAGUGUCGUGGUCGACUACCUCCGCUCUCUCUUCCGCAACGACACCAACUCCCACGUCGGCGCAAACGACUUGCACCAGUUUGGCCUGCUCACGCUGGAGGCCGGCACCCCGGCAGAUAUGCACCGCCUCGACGUCACCGUCUCCUCCCUCUCGUCCUCGACUCGCCCCUUGGACAGCCGCCCCCACCACAGCAAUUCGCACAGCCGCGACGGCACCACGAGUGUCAGUGACGAGGACGAGGAGGACGACGACGACAUCGAUGGCAGCGGUGUGACGGCCGCCGUGCGGCAGCGCAGCGUGACGCGUGUGCUGAACAGCCUGCACGAGGCGUACGCUGCCACGGCGGAGCUCAUCACCUUUGCCGGACUCGUGCGAGUGUCCGACGACGCGCAGGCCUGGGCGAGGCUGCACGACGAUGUCAGCCUCUUCCAGCGCCUGCAGUACUUCAUCUCUGUCCACACGCUAGCGGGAGAUAGUAGGGGAGAGAGAAGAAGCGCAGACGAGGAGAGCGCUGCGGCUUUGAAGGCGGACCCAUCGCCGCCGCUCGUCUUCCACGGUUUCCGCUGGUCGACCGCAGAGGAGGCCGUUGCGCGUCGCGAGGAGGUGCGACGUGCGAUUGUCGCCGCCGUCUUCACCGAAGAGACGAGUCAGCAACUCGCGUUCCUUCUGGAUCUGUGGCGCACCGCGAAGGCAGUGGCGGAGAGCUAUUUCCGCGCGUGCCAGCAACAGGACGGUAUCGACGGUGCGUUGACAGAGAGCGGCCGUGGUGGUCCUCACAAAGAUGAGGGCCGUGAGACGCUCGACACCCUCCUGCGCAUUCACAAGCAGCUGGACGCAGCUGGUGAAGCAGCGCGUGGGUCGUGGCAUGGCCGUUUAGAAGAGUGGGCCACGCGCACCGCACCUGGCUUCUCUUCAUUCAUGGAGGACGUCAAGGAAGUUGGCCUGACCGCGAGCAACGCCCUGGCCGCGGAGUAUUCCAUGCACACCCUCCCCUCCGAGCAAGACCAAUGCUUGGAGUACUGCAAAUCGUGGACUCGGAAGCAAGAUACGCUGCAGUCGCUACUCUCCGAGUUGCAGCUCGCCUAUGCGGAGCGCAAAGCCUCCGCGGCUUCGAGCGACGACCUCGCGAGGCGCAUGGACGACUACCAAGCCCAGCUCCUGCUCCUGCACAAACAAAUGGCGGUGGUUGACGUGGGGAUUGCGGAGUGGGGCGGAGCGUGUGCGGCACACUUCCCCGAGCUCACGCCGACCCUGCGCUGGCUCCCCUCCACGUGUCUCCAGGCCGUCGCGCUGUGGCCGGCGGAGGCGCCAAGUGCGCUGCCGUCGCGCUUUGUUGCUUUUGAGCGCGAGCGCACGCUGCUCCACUACAGUCGGGUGGAACAGGAGCCCAGCAACCCCUUCGAGCCCUUCACCGCACGAGCGGUGUCGACCACGCCGCCGGCAGACCUCUUAUCCCAGGACGCCACGGUGGUGAAGGACGACGAUGCCGAGACAAUUCUCACCAGCUUCGAGGUGGACCGGAAGGUGGAAGACGCGGUGGUGUCGCGAGACGGCGUCGGCAUGGCCCUGCUACAGGCGGUGUACAACGACCCGCUCACGGGCGAGAUCACGCCGUGCUGGUUGAAGCGGUACUCUUUCCCGUCUUUCCCGCCAACGAGCACCGACGAGCCCGACGCCGCCACGGCAGCCAACAUCCGUCGUCUCGCCCACACAAUUGUCGCCGAGGAAGUGGUAACCUCCGAGCAGUGCAGCAGCGACCGUAUCGUUUCUGCCCGCGAUGUCUUCUACCACCGCGAGCGCCACGAGCUGUUUGUGCACUACGUGCGCGGCGCGACGCAGCAGCGCUUCCGCUCCUCGAACGACGUCCGCCGCCAGGUGGAGCCCAUUGGACUGCGCUGGCUGCACGACGUUCUGGAGUGCGUCAUUUGCCUCCACACGUGCCAUCUGGCGCACGGGCAGCUCUGCCUGAGCAGCUUCACGUACGACGACUUUGGCAACACAGCCCUCGGCACGUUUUCUCCGGCGUGGAACGGCACCAAUGCGUCUGCGCUGCGGCGGUCGGUCGGGCCGCUCAACGACAAGCAGUCCGCGCCUGCCCCGGUCACCCUCGCUGAGCGGCAGCGUUGCGACACGGUGGACCUCGGCAUAAUGCUUCUCACUGAGGUGCUCCCGCUGUUAGCCGGUGCUCGUACAGCCGCUGGCGCCACGCCCACCACGUCCCCGACGUCGAAACAGUCGCAGGCCAGUGAACUUGGCAGCGAGGAGGACGUGGCCCGCGUCAUGGAGGCCGUCGCGUCCCACCUGGUCGGCAAGGAGGAGCCGCUCUGGUCUCUCCUCGACGCCAGGAAGUUUGUGCGCCGCUUCCUGCAGCUCCGCCUGGGAGACGUCGCCGUCUUCUCCAAGCACGUCGCCUACCCAUCCCAGUGGGCCGUGCGGGGACCCAUCCCACCCGUGCAGCUGGUCGCCGCAAACGUCGCCCACUUCAACUUCACCGCAUUGCCGUCGGCGGCGCGGGUGCGUGUGUACCAAAACCGGCAUCUUUCCCUGUGGGAGACGUACUGGCGGUGCCGCCGCAAGAUGGUGGCGUUGCACCACAGCACCUUCAUGCAGCCCUCCGCCGUCGCGCAGGCACCGGCGCUGCUGUUUUGCAGCGACGACUAUGAAGUGCACGAGCGCUACCUCUGGGCGCCGUGCGAGGACGAGGCGACGGCGUGGGAAUGCUGUCAGGACGGCUUCCGCUACCUGCAGCGGCGCGCCACGCCACUCACGCCAGACGACGACAUGGCUGCCUUCGCCCUGUGCGCGCCGUCGCCCGCGCAGGGCCAGACAGUGUGGGGCGUUGUGUGUCGCGUGGCUCUCGGCACCACCGUCGAGGAGACACAAGAGGAACUUGAGACGGCGAAAAGCGCCGCGGACACGAGCACGGCGCAGUACAACAAGCUGUCGUACGCGGCGCAGCGGCGGAGCCACUUUUCCCCGCCACGCCAGCCGCCGCCCUUGUCGUCACGACUGUGGGUGCCGUCGCCGUGGGCGCGUUGCUACCCCGAGUUCUUCGUGCAGCUUUCCCUGUAA